UUGUUAUGGUUAUGAUGAUUUUUCUUUAGCCAGCCAUGGCAGAGAGGUGUUAGACACUCCGCCGCUUCCUGAUCCCGCUGGCUCCUCCCCGCUUCCCUCAGCAGCUGAUCCUCAGCUGCAGCCCGCGCCUGCCGGCCCGGCUCUAGCGUGGCGCCGCCGCCGGUUAAGUCGCUGCUGGAGCGGCGCGGGGGUACAGACACACUCGCCCCUGCGGGGGGACGGUAACGUUCGCCACUCCGGGGACGGACACUUCGCCACUCUAAGGACUUCCUGGGGCAAGGACAAUAUUCGUCGCUGCGGGGACUUGCAGGAGAUGGGACACACUCGCCGCUGAGUGUGUCACUAUUCGCACACUGCGGGGACCUUUUGGGGCAAGGACGCGUUCGGCACUCGGAGGAGCCGACGGGGAACGGGUGCACCCGUCACUCGGAGGAGCCGCGGGAGGACGCGUCCCGCCGCCGCUCAGCCGGCCCGGCGGAGUGACCUGCGCCGCCGGCGGCCCCGCGACCGGCACGGAGGUGGCGGUGGGCGGGCAGGUGCUCCCGCCGAGAGGUGAAGGGGAAGGGAGCGCUCCGGACCACGCCCGGCCCACCUCAAGGCAACGGGCGGGCAACGCACCUGAGGGAUGAGGGGAAAAAUAGCUCGGGUGCGGGGCCGGUUUGCAGUGGAGCUUGUCCUCUGUAAAUGCUGAGUGAUUUCUGCGGGAUUUUAAAGCAUUAGGGCUUUAGAAUUCAGUUUGGGUUUUUUUGUUGUUGUUGUGGUUGUUUUCCUCUAUGAUAGCUAUUAUGGGGCUAUCCGAGGUUUCAUAGCUUGCUCUCUCCUGCUUCUUCCCGAGCAACACCGAAAACAGGAGGGCCAUCACAACUGAGUCAGUAGACCUUUUCUGCAGCCCUUGGAAGACUGCUGGAUGUACAGAUGAAUUUUCUUUCCCUUAUCCUGCAGUGUCAACUAAACCCCAAAAUGCGGCUGGGCUAACCAGGUGGAAGUGAUCUGUGUUGUCCUUCACUGUAACAAUAGCCCAACCUUUACCUUACUGGAAUAAGAAUAUCUUUUCUCUUUCACCUGUACCUCUCAGGUAACCUCUGGUGCCAUGUAAGGCAAUGGGAGUGUCAUUCAAAGGGUGAUGUCUGUGAGGUGCUGCACAGACCCCCAGUCCUACCUUGCAGCAUCUGACUGCAUGCUGCCUGUGCACAAAGUCAACAGCUUGAACCUUUCAGGUCUGUAUUUCCUCGUGGCACCAGUAGCUAGGGAAGAUACAGUUUUGAAAAGGUGAGAUGAAUUAGCCUGACCAUCCUGGCCAUCUCUGUGUAGCACUACAUCUGCUAGGAAUUAGGAGUCUUCAGACUUUAAAAUAAGCCAAGGGAAAAACCAUGCCUGACUUCCACAUAAACCAUGGUGUGGAAAGGUGACAGUACUGUUAGACUGCUGCCAUAUUCCGGUGACAGCUUUUCCACGGAAACAGAAAUUUCAUUAUAGAAAGUCAGUUAAGUGCUUUGGGUUUCUUCUUGGUUAAGACUGUAGAAAGAGCAUCAAAUCCUGCCUAAACCAAGCUUUUUUAUUUGACAGCACUAUAGCCUUAAUUUUAACACAUAAUAAAAGUAAAUAAAAAACUUUCUCUUCUAACUGGGAAUAAAAAAAUAAUGUAAGAAGUUACGUUAACAGUGUUAACAUUAAAAAUUAACAAUGCUUCACAACUGAAGUGAAAACAGACCAGUAAAUCUCUUCUAAUCUGAACUGUACAUAAGGGUCUUUUCUAGUUACAGUUGUUGGUGGCCAACUAUUGCAACGUAACACAUCUAGCCACUUCAAUAUAGAGAGGCAAAGAUGCUGUCCACCAUGGUUUGUGUUUAUUACCUUAGCUUCAGACACAGAUAAACUUCAGACAUGCUAUAAAAUCAUAUUUUAUAGCUCUGUUGCUUGCAUCCCAUGACAUUCUGCACCAUUACAAUUAUAUCAGAAACUGUUCAUCACUUCUAAAUUCCCAACAUGUGGUUCAUUUAUUCCCCUUUCCUAAAGUAUUGUUCAGGUUAAAUAUACUUGAAUACCUUUGGUUUCUGUACUGAAAUAAAUAUGCAAUAUAAUAAAAUCUCCAGUGCUUUUUCUCCACGUUCUGGAUCCAGUCUCUAGGAAAGCUGUGUACUUACAUGGUUUUGCAUAGAAAUAAAACUAUUUCCCAAGCCCCCAGUUCCAGGAUUUUAAAGAAAUAUUUAACUGAGUUUGGUUUUGUUUUGUUGGGUUGUUGUAUUUGUGGGGUUUUUUUUCUUGUUUGUUUUUGCGGGGUUUUUAAAAUCAUAUUUCUAAGCAGUCAGAAUUUAAAAGAAAAAUAAUAGCAGACUGCCAGUCUGUUCUGCUGAAUGACAUGACCAUAUAGGUUAAAAAACUGGACUGGUAAGCAUUCUUUUCAUUCUGAUUCCUUUCUUUGAAUUAAUUUUGAAUAUAACAUCUAAGGAACUUAUCAUAGGCUAUACAAGUAAUAUCUUCCUUGGAAAACAACAGGUUGCUCUGUUAAUAAAGCCAGAGUGCUAUUAUCACUCCAAAGCACAUACACUGUUGUCCUGAGUCAUACUGAAGUAGCACCAGUGAAGCAUCUUUGUCUAUCUUUAAAGGAACAUUCUGCAGCUUGCAAUGGAAUUGAUGUACUGACAGCAGUUAGUCAAACAGACCAAACUUCAUAAAGUUGCUGUUCUGGGGGACAUGUUAGCUUGAGGGGUUGUCACAGACCAAGUUGGAUGGAGCUUGGCCAGACUGAAAGGACACAGGAAGCCAGACUCUAAAUACUGUUGAGCUGCUUAAUUCUGUAGGAUGUUUAUAGUCUACUCCAUGUCUCAAAAGUAGCAUGAAAUCAAGCACAACAAAUGUCUUGACUGGUAUUUCAACAAGUAGGCAACAGAGUGGAGGAGUUAACUGGAAAGGAAAUUAGAGAUAAUGAACAGGGUGAUGACUUGCUGUAGAUGCCCUUGGAAAUGAAGGUAAGUAAAUAAUGUUUACAGAAGAGGGAACCAGGAGAAUCCUUCAAAUAGAGAAGUGAUGUGGUUAGAGUAAUGAUCUAUGUAAACAAUCUUGGGUUGCAGUUUCAGAGUUGCUAAUUCCAAAGCUGUGCAGAGCCCAGUCUCUCAGCAGUACUAAAUUGAUCUCGAUGGCGUAUGGCCAUGGUGUCACAUUGCUCUCCUAUUAGCUUCUGUCCAUGCUACAGAAUUUCUGUUUUGCUUCUGGAAGGAUUGGCAAUAACUGAUCAUAGCUUACUGUCUGCUGUUACAAAGUUAUUCCUUCAACAUUUUUUUCUGAAAAAAUUUGAAUUGGGAGAAUCAGUUAAAUUGCAUUAAUUGUUUCCAUUUGAUGGCUGUGGUGUAUUUGAUCAUUAAUAGGAAUCCUACAGUCAGCUUGUGUCACAGUUGUCAGACUGUGGCAUUUCCAGUGGCCAAUGCCUGUUGUCUUAGGAACUGUGUUGGUUAAUGGUGGGUGGAGAGGUAUUAGGAUAGUCUUUGUCUAUCAGCAAGAGAACAAGGGUCUUAGCUGCAAGGAUGGAUCAAAGGACUGUUUUGGAGCUGCCACAUGGAAGCUGGAAAACAAGUUUUAUAUACCCUGGGUGCUAGGAUCUAGAGACAUUUCAGUCAGACCUGACAGCUGACAAGCUUGAGUGGCAGGUAAAUUGGUGAUGCUAUCCACAGAUACAAAGAAGAUAAUAAGAGGGCUUUCAGGGAAGAGUUCUAGUUCUGCUGAGCUCUAAUUUCCUGCUAGUCAUUCACAGAAGAGAGAAGACUGUGUUUUGAGUUUGGAUAGGGGGAGGUAUCUCAUCUGAAAUACAAAUAAAUUAAUAUCUCUCUGCAGAUGAUUUAUUGAUUUGCUCCUUUCCCUAGAGCUAACUCAAAGAUAAUGUAGGAGGACAACAGAAGGAUAUGGCUCUCUGAGAGUCUGUCAAACACUAGAAAUGAAGUCUUAAAUAGGUAAAAAGUAUGUAAGUGAAGCAUGGUUGAUUGUAUCAGGUGAGAAAGGAUGAGAGUUAACUACUUUUUUUGGGGUUCUGUUGAGCCUUUGAUUGGCUUUGGUUAAUCCAGAGUGGAAACGGAGAGGUUUGGACACAGAUAGCUGGAUGUCUAUGGAGUGAGUCAGAGAGAGUGAAUGCAUAAUUAGGAAAGUGGAGCAGAGUCAAAGGCUUUUAUUUGUUUAUUUAUGACAAUAUUUUUUAUUUUUGAGGGGAAACAGAAAGAAUAAACCAAGAAGACCACAUAAUAUUUUAGCCAUAUAAUUUUUUUAAAAAAAUAAUUUUGCUUGUGUAAUUUAUUCCCUAGAGUGAAAAUUUGGUGGCUUCUGGGCUUUUCUCCUUUUGCUUACUUUCAUGGAUCAGAAAGAUAGGAAAAACAAGGAUUGUUUUCUCAAAUGUCUCCCCUUGGGACUUGCUGUUCUGCUAUGUAGGUUUAACAUGCAGCUAAGCCAAUCUAAUGAUUUAUGGCCACUGAAAGGUGGCUUUAUUUUUUUGUGGUUCUAUGUUCUGUCCUUUUCUUUAUGCUGAUGCUGCUACUUAUUCGACUUGCUUGUCUGCCAUGUGUUUAUUUUCCUCAUGGAAGUGUCCCAAUGAGUGCCAAAAUCAGCACAAGCUAGUCUGGAGUGCCCAGUUGGGAGAUUAGUUUUGGAGAUGGGGGAUGUCGUAUUCUUAGCAGCCAUAAACUGUGAGGCUGACUCAGAGUGCCUUCUGUACUUAACUACUGGGGUAAGAUAAGCAGCUCUUCAAGAAAUGGAAUAGUGAAAUUCCUCUCUGUUUCUAUAUAAGCAAUGAGAAGAGUUGGCAGUUAAGGAAGAAAUACGUUGAUGAUGAUCAAUGUUAAUACAACUCAUCCCCAUGGGAUUAUCUGGCAUUUUACAGCUCUGAGUUUUUUUCAGAUUCUUUGCAAAACCUGCAAACUCUGCCAGUAAGCUACCUCCAGUGAGCUACCACUGACUCAUCUUUUGGCUUAGGAUGUAGUUUCACUGAGAUCUGGCUGUACGAUGACUUAGUACAAGGAGUUAAACCAGAAGAAAAUCCAGUUUUUUUCUGGGAUAGCUUUCUGCUCAUUUAAUUCCUUGAAUCAAGCAGGCACCAGUAUUUGCAGAAUUGAGGCUGCAGAAGAAUGCUGACAGGUAGAAGGGGGAAGCAGAACUGUCUUUUCAAAAGAAGCUAAACCUUCUAUUCAUAUCCACCUUGUUGCAGUGUGAGACUUCACCUUUAGGACCUGGCUUCACAGUUGAUUGAAACUGAUCUCAUUCUGACUACUCUGGAAAGAAACCCUACUGCCUUCCUGGUAUCAACCCUGUUAAAACAAACCCUGCUCAAAAUGGCUUGUUUGCAUAUGUAGUCAUGGGGUUACUAGCAUCGACAGAAGGAAGAUAAAUCACAUUAGGAGAUGAAAUGUGAGUUUGGCUUUUUUCUGUAGCUUGGGAUGGGGCCCCAAAGAGAGUGUUAUUAAUGAGCUAGUGGGGACUACAUGCAGCUCUCUGCUCAUUGUCUGCUACCAGCAAUUUAAGUCUUCACUGGAGCCUCUCUCCUUUGAUAUUCCACGAUCAUUGAUUUUCCUUUGAACACUGACUCAUUUACCCUAGUCUUCUCCCUCCUAAAGGAUGAGCUAAUGUCAUUAUAAAAAUAAUUCUUUUUUUCUGUGAUCAGCAGAACAAGUGAAGCCUGGUUUCCUAUGGAUUUGUCCUGAUGUGGUACUGCUGUGCGGAUUCUUGUAUGUAUAUUAAACAGUGUCUGCACAUGCUUACCAUUUUAUCACUGACAGCUUUAUUAGGACCUGUUCCAUCCAUUUGGCUUUGCACUUCACUUAAGUUACCUCUGUACAAAUUUAGAUGGAAUUUAGCAAUGGUUUAAACAUGCUUCUUUUGGCAAGGAAAGUGGGGGAAGUAAUGAGACCCAGAGGCAGAAACACUAACAUAGAGUAAUUUCAUAAGCCUUCUUUCCUUAGGAAAUAAGGCUAAAAAUUAGUCUUUUGACAGUGACCUCUGCAGAGACUUCAGGCCAGGCUACAGACACAGAAAAGUUAAUGUUGCUGUUUACCAUGUAAAGGCUUCCAGUUACCUACUGGUAACAGAUUUCUUGUAAGUAAGGCUAAGCCAGCAGUUAGUGUUGCUCACUUGGUUCUCAUCUUCAGCAAUGUCUCUAUCAGGUUUUGGGAACUUGUGGUGUAGUUUUUGUUUUGUUUUCUUUGUUGUUGUUUUUGUUGGGCUUUUGUUUUGUUUUUUGUUGUUUUGUUUUGGCUUUUUGCCAGUGUGCACUUAUGCAUCAGUUGCUUUCAUUUAUUUUUAAUUUAAUCUUUAUACUUGAAUAAAUGUAGAUAUAAGACAAGAUGUUAGAGAGACUUGUGGCUUACAGGAUUCUAAUGUCAGUGAUGCCAUGAAAAAUAAUGGCUUUAAAUGCAACCAGGGAUAUGAUCAGAGGAUCAUACUUGGGAGAAAAGCUAGCAGCUUCUCUGUGAGAUUUUCGCUGUGUAAUAAAUAUUGGGGUUUUUAUUGUAUUUUUCUCUGUUGUAAAUUUACACUUCUAUUACUUUAGCAACUAAAAUAAACAACUUGUAAGAGGAAAACAUGCUUUUUCAGAUUUCUGGGUGGAUGCCAGUUUAUUACAAAGGGGCCAGCUUAUUACAAAGGGUCCACCUGCAAACAACCUUUGCAGAUUUGUUCAGCAUUCUGUGCUUAUCUUGAGCUCUGAGAGUUCUCUUAAGGAUGCCAUGCCUACCCCACAGUAGGGCAGCUGGAUCCUGGAGCCCAGCAGCAUCAUCUUCUUGGUUCUCUUUCCAAUCACUUGGGCCUUGAAACGUCUGUUCUGUCCCCAGGUGUUACCUUUUUUCCUUGAACUAGUUUAUAGAUGGAUCAGUUCCAUGAUUUUCUGACCCUGUCAUUACAGAAAUGUGCAUGCUGGAGCAAGGGAGCAGGGAGUGAGCAGUCAGUCACAGGUACAACAGGAAGUGUGGGACUAUCUGUCCAAGUGGUAAUCCAGGUUUAUGCUAGAUUCCAGUGAUGAUACAGAACAAAGCACUGUACCUUGAAGGAUAUGUGUAAAGGGAAGAGAGAGGGAGAGAAACAGGCAGAACAUGUCCCUCCAACUGUGGGAACUCAAAUAUUGCCAGACACCGCCAGCAUUCUCUCCUGAGCAUGCAUAUGAUGCACUUCUCUGAGCACAAGUCAUGUGAGAAACUUCAUAGUGCUGGCCCCUGCUUGGUGACCUGCACUUCAGCUGGUCAGCUGUGUCUGCUGCAUCAGAACAUAAGGGAUGGAUGGAGAAGUUGGGGCCAAGCAGGCCUUCCCUCUAGAGGAGAAUGAACCAGAGACAAGAUGUGAGUUACUGCAGAGAAAUUGCAAUGCUUUGUAACUCAGUGAAUUAAUAUAAAAAUGGAUAAAAAAAUUCUUCACUGUAGAGCAAGACUGAGAGGUUUUGCAGAAACACUUAAGACACAGAAGGUGUAACUCUAAGGUAUAAAGAAUUUGUACAUUCAAAAUAUGCAAGUGAAUACAUGCAAAAACAAAACUGAUCCUACCCCCAGCACCAGUGAGAUCUGAAAUGGCCACAUCAUGCUGGCAUAGAUCAGGUCAUCAGAACAAGUAGCUCCUUAACCUUUAAUAGCAUUGCCAUGUUAUUUCUGAUAAGGAGGGCCUUCUUUGCUCAGAAAACUGUUACUCUGGAAAUCUAUGUUCCUUGUGAGUUAUCACAAUGCCUGUACCUCCUUCCUCAGUUAAGAAAAAAGGGGGAAAAUAAAGACAAGUUACAGACUGAAAAAAAUACUGCUUCUAUAGGAGAUUUUUGCCAAAUCCAGCCAUUAGCUUUGUUGCACUCUUUGGACAAUGUGUCUGCUAAAUACCAAGUCUCUCCUAGGGAGAUCCUCCUACCCUGAUGACUACAAGUGGCAAAGUUAAAACAAAAUUUGAUGCUGUCAAAUUGUUAAAUUGAUUUCACACAGCAUUUUCAGUCGGUUCAGUCUCUAAUUCAAAUAGAUGCAGCUAGGUGAAAUUCUAACAGCACAAAAUCUGGGAGAUACUGGGAAUUGCCAGGGAAUUUGAAGAAAUCGAGUGCUCGGAUCCUCUCAUUUGCAAUGGAGUUUGGACUGAAAACUUGUUUGCUUUUUAACAGUGAUGACCUCAAGCGUUGAUGAUCGUAACCCUGAAUACAGCAGCUGCCUGUAUACUCACUGUCCAGGUUUUGUGGUGUCACACUUGUUCCUAUUUCUCCACACACACAGGGGGAACAAUCGCUUGUCAUGACUAUUCCUCUGUUAAUUUCUUAAUACUCUCCAUUUGAUUUGUUCCCUCUUUGUUUUCUUCCAGUGUGCCGCUUUGGAGGUGGCUGCGAUUUGCUAUGUAUUGUCCUGGCUGCCUUUGUUCUUUACUUCCCAUUCUAUUCCGGCCCUCCUGCCCCAGGGGCUCCCCGGCGCUCUGCUUGUGGGUGACUUCACGCCCGCUGCGGCUCGCUCCUCAAGCCCUCCCUAGUGGCAGAGAACAAACCGCACUUUUCACUCCAAAAAUCUCUUUUUUAAAGAGCUGGCUUUCCAGUGUUCUUGCCAGCAUUUUGCCCCGGCUGAAGGCACGUCGGCGCCCGCCCAGCGACACAGACAUCCCGCCACUAGCUGCCGUACAACAUGGCGGCGCCCGCCGCCCACUCGUACCGCCGGCUCAGAGGAAGCGUCCGCCACUCUAAGGCUCCCGGCCAUGAUGAAAUCCCACAAUGCCAUUUUGAGAGGGUGAGGUGAAGGGGGAGAAAAGGGCAAUAAAAAAUGGCCAAGCAAACAGCCGUGACGAUUACUUUGGCGACCCUGCUGGGUGUUGCACUGGGGGGCCUGGUUUUGUGGAAAGCGACCCAGCGUCGGAAAGGAAAAACACACUGUAGUAGUCAGCAAGAGGAAGCAACAGUGAAGUCUGAAGAUGAGAAACUCAUUAAGGCAGAGGAUAAGAAGGUGCUUUCCUUCUUCAAAUCUCCCACCUUUUUCUGGUUAGAGAGGACCCUUGGUGCAGACAUAGUAAUAGUUUCAGAGCAGGAGGAGUGGGAUCAUGUUGAGCCAUUGCUGAAGAAGGAGCUGGAGAAGUGGCCGGUUCUUGGAAUUGACUGUGAGUGGGUAUCUGUGGAGGGAAAAGCAAAUCCUGUAUCCCUGUUACAGAUGGCUUCUUCCAGUGGCCUCUGCAUUCUUGUUCGGUUGCCCAGGCUUGUUGCCAGUGGCCAGACUCUUCCAAAGACCCUGUUGGACAUCAUGGCAGAUAGUGCUGUGUUGAAAGUUGGAGUAGGAUGCUGGGAAGAUGCUUGCAAAUUGCUUCAUGAUUAUGGCCUUCCAGUCAAAGGGAGCAUGGAUCUCCGGUAUUUAGCCAUGAGACAGCGGAAGGAUCUACUUCACAACUGCCUUAGCCUUAAGUCUUUAGCAGAAAAAGUCCUGAACUUCCCACUUGACAAGUCUCCUCAUGUGCGUUGCAGCAACUGGGAAGCAGAAGAACUGACACAAGAUCAGGUUCUCUAUGCUGCUAGGGAUGCCCAGGUCUCAGUGGCUCUGUUCUUUCAUUUGCUGGGAUUUGCCAGCCACCCUGAUACAUCUGAAGGUGAAAACUCUCUCACUAAUUGGGAGAAAGUACAGGGUAAAUGCCAGGGCUUGGUGGAUAUCCCAUUUAGAGGAAGGAAGAGUGGCAGCACAGGAGAGGAGAAGAGUGGAGAGGUACGUUCCCCUCAGAAAACAAAGAAUCGGAAAUCUUGGGUGAAUGGCCACCCCCCUGGCAAUCAGCAAAUGAGAGAUCCACGGAGACAGAAGCGAAAGCCUCUGGGUGUGGGAUAUUCUGCACGAAAAUCUCCAUUGUAUGACAACUGCUUCCUGCAUGCACCAGAUGGACAGCCCCUGUGCACUUGUGAUCGCAAGAAGGCUCAGUGGUAUUUGGACAAGGGGAUUGGAGAGCUAGUUAGCACAGAUCCUUUUGUUGUGAAGCUGCGGUUUGAGCCUUCAGGACGUCCUGAAUCUCAAGUUGAUUAUUAUCUGACAGUCAAGGAAAACCUCUGUGUUGUGUGUGGCAAGCGAGAAUCCUAUAUCCGGAAGAAUGUUGUUCCUCACGAAUACCGAAGACACUUCCCCAUCCAGAUGAAGGACCACAACUCGCAUGACGUGCUCCUGCUCUGCACAUCCUGCCAUGCCAUCUCCAAUUACUAUGACAACCACCUCAAGCAGCAGCUGGCCCAGGAGUUCGGGGCUCCGAUCGGCUCUGAGGAAGGUGUGCGUCUCCUGGAGGACCCUCUGCGCAGGCAAGUGCGCUCGGGGGCGCGAGCCCUGCUGAAUGCAGACAGCCUGCCUGACCCCCGAAGGGCAGAGCUGCUGCAAAGCAUCAAGGACUUCUAUAACACAGACACAGUCACUCCAGAGAUGCUCCAGGCAGCAGCUGGUCUGGAAACCAGGAUCUGCAAUGAGAGCUACGUGCCACAUGGGCUGAAGGUGGUGCAGUGUUGUGCUAAAGGAGGCCUGCGCUCUCUUAUGCAGCUGGAAAGACGCUGGCGGCAGCAUUUCUUGGACAGCAUGAAGCCCAAACACCUCCCAGAGCAAUGGUCAGUGGACCAUAACCAUGUGAAGUUGAUCCAAAAAUAUGGGGAGGAUCUUCAGAUCAAGCUGUCAUGAAAUUAACUUCCUGGACUCUGGGUACUGUCUAAUGGACAUCUGUAACUGAAGAUGGAAAGACAAUUUUUAUUUCUAUGUCUACACUAACACCUGGGGCCUGGGUUUGCAAAAGGGCAGCAGUAGAUCUGCCAGAUUUUCCAGUUAGAGUUAAAUUUGACAGUUUAUAGAGUUAAAUCCCUUGACUUUCAGGUUUGGAAGUUUAAUCCUAGUUUGUCACUUACUAGUUUGGUGCAAGAGUGAUAAGGGAACUUGUCUUCUCAAAGUGACUGUGAAGAAACAUUUUCUAGCCCCCAGGAUGUCUGAUGCCUUCAUACCAUCUCUCAUAAUAAAGUGAGUCCAGAGAAAGGCAACAAAAGCACAAUAGAUGAAUGUUUCUAGAUGUUCUGACAUACAUUUGUGCCCUUGACUUUGCCUUGAGAGUCUUUAUCUUGAGGGUCUUCUUGAUAAAAAUUUUUCUUUCUUUUCAGUGCAGUUGUACUUAUAAGAGUUCUUCCUAGAGAAGACCCCCUGCCAGAGAUUCCUUGUUUGGAAGAAGUGAAGAAACCUUAUUUUUUGCAGAUUCUGAGCUGUCCCAGCAUUGCAGAUAGGCCUCAGCAAGUUUCCUGGUAGCAGGUGCCUGAUGAGAAGUGACACUCUGGCAGUAUGGAAAUACCCAUGCCAAGUCUUUUGUUAAACAGCUUCCAGUAACACAGAGUUUGUAAAAAUUGCUUUUCCUAGUUCUGCUUGUUUGUCAUGACUAGUGUGCUCACGCGUGCAGGGCUGUUACAGAGAUGGGGUGGCAUAACUCCUGUGACUGGAGUGUUGGAAUGGAAGGAUGCAGGCUCUUCAGGAAGAGGAGGCACUGGAGGCGAGGAGGAGGUGUCACCUUCUAUGUCAAUGGCUGGUUGGAGUGCAUGGAGCUCCAUUUGGAGUGCAUGGAGCUCAGCCUAGGGAUGGAUGAGGAGUCCAUCAAGAACUUAUGGGUCAGGAUUAAAGGGAGGGAAAACACAGGUGACAGAGGGGAUCUGCUACAGGUUGCCCAACCAGGAAGACCGAGAGGAUGAAGCCCUCUAUAGGUAAGAGCAACCUCGUGUUCACAAGGCCUAGUCUUCAUGGGGGACUGCAGCCACCCCAUAUCUGUUGGAGAGGCAACACAGCAGGGCAUAAGCAAUUCAGGAGGUUCCUGGAAUGCAUUGAUAACUUUUCCAGAAAGCCAACUGCAUCAUGGGCUGCAUCAAAAGAGGCAUGACCAGCAGGUCAAGGGAGGUAAUUCUUCCCCUCUAUUCUGCUCUUGUGAGACCACUUGGUGUACUGUGUCCAGCACUGUGGCCCCCAAUAUAAUAGAGGAAGUCCAAAGGAGGGCUACAAAGAUUAUUAGAAGGCUGAAGCACCUGUCCUAUGACUUCUUACAAGAGUGUGUAGUGAUAGAACAAGGAUUAGUGGAUUUAAACUCGAAGAGGCUAGGUUUAGAUUAGGUAUUGGGGAGAAAUUCUUUGCUGUGAAGGUGGUGAGGCAAUGGAAGAGGUUACCUGAGAAGCUGUGAGUGCUUCAUCCCUGGAAGUGUUCAAAGCAAGGUUGGAUGGAGGUAUGAGCAACCUGGUCUAGUGGAAGGUGGCCCAGUCUAUGGCAGGGAUGUUGGAACUGGAUGUUCUUUGGAGUCCCAACCCAAACCAUUCAGUGAUUGAAUACCACUUGGUGAGUACCUUUUUGUAUCAGAAUGAAAUAAGGACAGGUACCUCAAAAGGGAUGAGAGGAAACAAUUUAAAGACCAGAAGCUUUUAAAAGACCUGAUCACACGUGGCAAAAAAUGGAAAAUCUGAUGUUUUAUACCUGGAUUUGACAUGUGUGGUGGUGAGCAGGUUAUACUCUCUUCAUGCCAGUUUCUCUGUCUCUAAAAUGAGACUAAUAAUACUUAACUAUCUCACAAAGGUGUUGUGAGUCUUAAAUAACUCAUGUUUUUGUAAAAUGCUUUGAAAAUAUGAGCUAGUGUGUGCUAAUUGGUGUUGCUGUUUUUUAAGAUGUGCUGCUAACUUCAUUAAAUAUUCAUGUUUUUUGUCUGGUGCUAGACCUUAGUUAAAGAUAACUUUUUAAAACUACACACUCCUUUCUGUAAAAUUCCUUUUGAUGAUUUUGCUUGCAUGAGAUGAGUGUGCUUCUACUGAAUGAUGAAGCUAUGCUCAACUUUUAUACGCCUCUGUAAAGAAGUUUCAGUAAAACCCUUAUCUUCCCACUGCUGUGUGUAGCACAGUUGACCCACAUAAUUUUAGAACAUUUGGGCAGAAUCCUGGACCUGCUGUGAUUGUGGCUGAAACUGUCCCUUAUCAGAUAAUUCAAGAAAUUUUACAGGCCAGGGGUAAAAGCACUGUUUGUAGCAGAGAUUGUUUGAGAUAAGUAGGAGCCAUGGAGAGAAAUGGUACAUUAAUGCCAUCCCAGAGGAGCUGCAAUAGCAGCAUGAGGAAUCAAAGGUUCAUGAUAAAUACUACUUAUCACAGAGCUGCAAAUGAGAUAAUUUUCAUUAUAAGGUCAAUCUUUUUCCUGUACCACUGGCAAGUCUUAACAAAAAAUCUUCUAGCCAAAUGUGGUAUGUCUCUGUGCUCAUUCACACAGCUGAUUAUAAUCCCAGCACGACCUUCCUGCCUACAGCAGCAGUUUGGAUAUAACUAUUUCUCUCCAAAGCAUUUAGAGCAUGUGUUCAGAUAGUGCUAUAUCCUGUCUCCAUCUGAUCGGGGUGUUGAGAGCUCUCUGCGUGACUCAGGAACUCCUUUUCUGUCAUCAGGAGUACAAGGUGUCCAUUUCACCUCUUUGUUCUGCUUUGUUUUUAGUCCCUUUGUUCUGAUGUAGGAACUCCUGCUCAAACUCUUUAAUGGAACCGAUUGGCUGACCACAGGGUCAGGUCUUUUCUGUUUGUGAGACUAGAAAGUAAUGUGGAGACAAGAACUGGACUGCAGGUCCUCUAUUUUUAAGGAGCGAGUGGUAUCAUUGAAGAGGGUUUCUUUCAAAUCACUUGUUCAGAAAUAGAGACUAGCAAGGAGAACUUCUCAAGUAUUUUCUAAGCUAAGAUUCUUUGUUGUUUGUAAGAUAUCCUUACCAUGCAUAAUUUUAAUUCAGUCUGAAAGAAGAGGGGGAGAAAUAUAUUUAUUAUGCAGAAAUAGAUUUGCUUUAUUUUACUAUGAUUUUAAAUUUUCUACCAGUCUAUAGAUAAAACUUCCUUGUAUGUCUCUGUUGCUAAUUGUUACAUUCUAUAAAAAUUUACUCUUUUACCAGACUUACCACUUUUGAAGUUCUUUUGUUCCUUUCUUGCAUGCUUCUUUUUCUCUUCUUUCCUUGUCUUACCCAGUCCUUACAGUAACACCUGGACCUCACCCUCCAAGCUUCCCUUUCCAGUGUCUUCCCUGAUUUGUGUGUCAGAGAUCAGCUGUGGAAGAGCCCAUGCUGGGGGCAAUACUGUACUUCUAAGCAGUGGGAUGGGAUUGUGAGCUUGCUCAGGUAUGUUUGAAUAGUGGAUUCAGAUGCUGUCCUUGGCCUGGUCAUUUGGGUCAGUCAUGGCUGCAGAUCUACUUUUGUUCAAAAUGAAACCUUAGAUUUUUCUUAGCCUGAGCAUUCAUCUAGGUUGCCCCAAGUAUUUUACUUUAAGUGGGACAGUCCUGCACUUAAUGACACACAUCCAUUUGGUCUUUGCUGGGGGAGAAUUGGCAAUGUUGUCUGUAUGGGCUGGCUUUCACAACAUGGGAUUUUUCUUUCUGUUGCUUGUCACUUCACAUUUUUAAGUUUCUCCAAAGUAUGCUGCCAGAGAUGGGGGAGGGAAAUUUUCCCUUUUACCUGGUGCUUGGUGUCACCUACCUCAAACUGCUCCUUGCAGGUUAGCAGGGAGCACAUCUCAUCUGCUGAGAUCCCUAAACAUGUCUUGGCUUAUGAAUUCCCUGCAGAACUUGCUUCCAUUCUUUUUGUUUCAUGUGUGUUGCCCAUGGGAAAAAGAUGUUCUUCUGUAAGAGUACAACUGGGCACAAAUCUCCAGAGACACACCUCUGGAGUGGGAGAAGCAAUGGCCCUAGAAGCUCUUCCUCCAUGGGCUACAAACAGUUUUCUGUCUUUCCAAACACUACAGUUUGUGUUUUUUCUUGAUUUUUCAAUAAGUUAGACAUUACUACAAGGUGCAGGAUUUACCAGCAGGGCAGCAUUAUCUGUUGCAGGUGCAGUAGGUGCUGCACUUUUGAGCAGACCAUACAUGACAUAUUAAUUAUGCUGCUGACAGUUUUGGCAUUUGGAGUGCCUUAGUUUUCCUCCUUUGACAGUCUCUAAAGGUCCCAGCUGUCACACCUGUGACUGACAGGAUUGAAGACAACAUAUCCCUGUGGGCUUGCAUUUUUUUCUGUUUGGUAUUCAAUAAUGGCAGGGAUGGGAAGCUCUCUUCCUGUUUCAUUUCUGUUGGUCUGGCUCCUUAGGGAGUAUCUGAACUCUACACUGUCUGUAACAUGGUUUUUGUGGGAGCUUUUCUGUGAAGGUAAUGUGGUUGUCUUGAGAAGUACCUUGCUGCCUUGGGCCCAUACCUGAAUGACUUGGAGGAGCUGGGUCUUUUCUCAUGCAAAGGGAGCCUCCAAAACAAGAAGUCACCUGCCUGUCUGCAGUGUUCUGUAUUCAUUUCUAGUCUGAACCAGAAAGUCAAUUCUCAUCCCUGCUCCUUGAUCUCCUCCUUCUUUUGGGGCCUCCACUGCUGUCCAGACCUGUAAGACCUUCUUCAUUCCCACAGGCUGCCUUUGAUGUAAUGGCCCCUACUCCCAAAGAACAUCUCCUUUGAUAUUCUUUGGGAGUACGAGCCAUUACAAAGAACUUUCUCUUCUGCUUACUACCAUACUAUUGGCAUAAGGAUUUUCCUCACCCUGAGGGGUACAUUGUUCUGGAGAAAGGCAGAGGCUGUUUGAGCUAAGUGCAAAGAAGAUAUAUCCAGCUUUCUUUGGGACUUACUGAAGGAGCCACAGUGAGCGCUCUUCUAUUAGCCCUGCAUCAAAGGGGUUUUGUUAAAUGCUUUUACAGGUAAAGAGGGCAAUGCAAGUAAGCCAACAUAGUUAAGCUUAGUAGAGAGAAAAAAAUGCUAAAAGCCAAAUAAACAUGCAUGGAACAUAAUUUAUCUUAAUCAAAACAUAUUCCUCUAUCACUGUGAAUUCUACCAUGAAGAGCAGGCAGCUCUUGUAAGGAUUUUCUGUGCCAAGGUUAGUGCUACAUUCUCUCUUGCCACUUAACUGUAAUGGAACUUGUUUCUGUCUUGAAUUAGCCAGUGUGAUGCUACCUGGGGUCUCAGUGGUGUUGGUCGCCAGGAAACAAAGCAAAACCAUCUCUCUCUUAUUACUUUCUUUUGCAAGCUAUUGGAUAAGUUCAGCUUUGAGAUGGGGCGGGGGGAGUAAAGAGAAAAGAAAAAAAGGAUGGAGGCUUUUGCUGUAAAAUAGAGAUGUCAUCUUCAGAUAACAAGAAGCCAUUUCCUUGUACAGGAAAAACUUCAGCUUCGUCUAAAGAUGAUAGGAAAUAUGGCUUCUAUCUUUCUUUGCUUAAAAAGUGAAAGAUUGUGCAGUGGUUAAGAAGGAAAAAAGGAGAAGGCAUUUAUGUAUCUCGGCAUGAAUGUGACAAGCCUGUAAAAAGGGUACUAGGCAGCUGUCAGAAAUGCAGGCUUAAGAGAAAAACUGCCUGUCCAAACUCCCUUCACAAUAACCCUGCUGCUCUAAGAAGCUGCUUCACAUUGUGUCAUGCUCUGUGGGGAUCUGAAACAUAUCUGUUUCACAUUGAUUAACAGCAAGUCUUUUCCAAUUGAUUGUUCUAUGAAAAUUGUCAGACAGUACUUUGUAUUAGCUGAGAUCUGCCAGUUGCUUUUCCUUUUUUCCUCUGCCAUGACUCUGUCCAGGGCUUUUAGCCAUAAAUAAAAGCAGGGAGACUGUC